UUUCCCCGCGUGUGCGGACAGCGGGAGGCAGGACUGGGAGUGCCUUGGCCAAGGUCACUCGGGUGGGACGGGAGAGGCGCCCGAACUCAGGGCUCGGCGCCUGGAGGAGGGCUGCCGAUCGGCCUCGGGGGCCGCCCUCGCCCGGCUUGAGGUUCCUGUCGGAUGCUUUCUGUUGACCCUCGGGGAGAGCGUCCCGGGAGAAAGUGGUGUCAGGUUGAAAGCGCCCUGCCGGCCGUGGUCCUCCGCCUGUGCUAGAUCCCUGCGCUGCCCCGACACCCCAGCAGAGCCUUGACACAGGGCCGAGGAAAUUCAGAAGGCUGGCGUGCUGUCUGGGGCCAAGUCCCGAGGACAGUGUAAUGUUCAAGCUCAGAAAUGCCUUAUGUGGAUCGACAGAAUCGCAUUUGUGGUUUUCUAGACAUUGAGGAAAAUGAAAACAGCGGGAAAUUCCUUCGACGGUAUUUCAUCCUGGAUACCAGAGAAGACAGUUUUGUAUGGUACAUGGAUAAUCCACAGAACCUUCCUUCAGGAUCAUCACGGGUUGGAGCCAUUAAACUUACCUACAUUUCAAAGGUUAGCGAUGCAACUAAGUUAAGGCCAAAGGCAGAGUUUUGUUUUGUUAUGAAUGCAGGAAUGAGAAAAUACUUCCUACAAGCCAAUGAUCAGCAAGACCUAGUGGAGUGGGUGAAUGUCUUGAACAAAGCUAUAAAAAUUACAGUACCAAAGCAGUCAGACUCACAGCUGGCUUCUGACAGCCUGAGUCGCCAAGGUGACUGUGGCAAGAAGCAAGUGUCUUACAGAACUGACAUUGUUGGUGGUGUGCCCAUCAUCACUCCAACUCAGAAGUGGAGAUGGGAGUUACAUGUUAUACUUUGUAGCAGGAUAUCUCAGAAAGAAGAAGUAAACGAAUGUGGCGAAAGUGUUGAUAGAAACAAUUUGAAACGGUCACAAAGCCAUCUUCCUCACUUUGCUCCUAAACCACCUCCAGACAGUGCAGUUAUCAAAGCUGGGUAUUGUGUGAAACAAGGAGCAGUGAUGAAAAACUGGAAAAGAAGAUAUUUUCAGUUGGAUGAAAACGCAAUAGGCUACUUCAAGUCUGAACUGGAAAAGGAACCUCUGCGGGUAAUCCCACUUAAAGAAGUUCAUAAAGUCCAAGAGUGCAAGCAAAGUGACAUAAUGAUGAGGGACAACCUGUUUGAAAUUGUAACGACGUCUCGAACUUUUUAUGUGCAGGCUGAUAGCCCUGAAGAGAUGCAUAGUUGGAUUAAAGCAGUCUCUGGCGCCAUUGUAGCACAGCGGGGACCUGGCAGAUCAGCAUCUUCUGAGCAUUCCGGCUGUCAUUCAGAAUCCAAAUACAUUGUCCGUCCUGCCGGGGCAGCAGCAGCCACCUCACAUUCCCCAGCCUCUCGCAGCCACUCUUUGGUCUCAAGCUAUACCAUGGAGAAGCGAGGAUUUUACGAAUCUCUUGCCAAGGUCAAGCCAGGGAACUUCAAGGUCCAGACUGUCUCUCCAAGAGAACCAGCUCCCAAAGUGACUGCCCAAGCUCUGCUCAGACCUCAAAGUAAAAAUGGCCCUCAGGGAAAAGAUGGUGAGCCAGUGGACUUAGAUGACGCCAGCCUGCCAGUCAGUGAUGUGUAAGGUGGGAGCAUGUGGUCUGCCCGCCCGCUCGCCCCUCAGUGUCCUUUCAUGAGGCUUCCAGCCAAAGAUGACAGAGGUGAAUGAUUCAUGCAUAUACUAAUACUGCCUCUUGGGUGCACUCUAUACGCUGGCAAACCAAGAAUCUAAGGAGUGGCCAAGUUAAGAAAGGAAGAAAAAAGCUACGUCCAUAUUGACUGUCUGAAGCUUUAUAUGUAUGGGUGGUAGAAAUGUGUGUGAUUUUUUUUUUUUUCCUGUUGACUUUGAAAUUUUAAAUAACAAUUUAAAACAUUAAAAUUACUUUAAAAAAUGCUAAUAUGACUCCCUAUGAAAUAUUCAAUAUUUACACAUUCCUGUCAGCUAACAUUAUCAAAUGGGACAUUGCCAGACAAAAAAUUCUCAAACUCAUGAUGUCUGUGGUGCUGCAAAAUUUAUAUUGCAAUGUGGACUGUUUAGAAAUUCUAACCAUUUUUGAUAUUCUGGUUAUUCAGGUGAGUGGCAAAUUUUGCAUAAAAGAUUUGAUUAGACUGUUGGUGCAGAUGGGGGCAUAACAGGGGUAGCAAAAGGGAGAGAUUGGAGUUCAGCUAUAACUAAGAUUGUUUGGGUUUUUUUUUUGUUAGUUUGUUUGUUUGUUUUGGAGACAGGUUUUCUCUGUGGCUAUGGCUGCCCUAGAACUUGCUUUGUAGACUGGGCUGCCCUUGAACUUGUGAUUCUCCUGUCUUUAUUGCCUCGCAAAUUAUAGGCCUGUGUCACUAACAUGCAGCCUGAGACACUUGUUUUAAAAGUUUUAGGACCUGCACCUAUCAGUAUUUUAUUUCAGUAAAAAUUAUUUGGUCAUAAAUGUUGGGAAUAUCUGAUUUUUUUUAAAUCAAAAUUUGUAAAUAGAUCUUAUUUCUGAAUUUGGAUCAGUGAAAGACCUCAGUUCUUAUGUGAAGUCAUAACUGCCCUUAUUCAUGAAAUCGUUGUGGCCUCUACCUUUCCAUCAUUAAUAACCCGUUCAAGUGCCUGUGUCUUCUCAUCUCAUUUAGGAUUGUUCUCUGAAGUCCUACAUGAUUGGCUUUAAAUGUUUGAAUAAAUUAAUUUCAGUAGCAUAGUUUGAUAUGUUAAAUAAGAUAGCAUUUAAUGUCAGAGACACCAGAAUGUUGGUGUUCUACUACCUGUGCAAUAUUAAUGUCUUGAAAAGCAAAUCUGAGUAUGCAUUUAACUGUGGGGAUAUCAUAAAUAGAAGCACCUCUCUAAAGAACCCAGUUUCUGCUGUUGAAUGAUAGAAUGGCUUGAGCGAGUGCUGUUUUGUGGUGAAGUGUUUGCUUUCCCCAGGCUGCUGCUCUAUGAUAUUUCCAAUUUCACACUUUUGUUUUGGAGUCAUGGUUAUCAGUGUUUUGCUUUUUUUGUUCUAAGACUGCUUGUUAGAGGAGGAGGAAUCUGCUGCAGUGGUGGGUUUAGGGGUUAAGAUGUGCUCUUUAGUUGCCCAGCACAAGAACACACCAUUCGCCUUUUGUAUUCAUAAGCUAAUAUGUUAGAGCUCUGUGAAAACCACAGGACAAGGUGUUUAAGCAGUAAGUACCCUUCUGCUGCCAUGUUCAUUACCCAGGCUCUUUUGGAAGUUCCUUUUUCAUGAACAUACCUAGGAACCCUUGUAUAGACACUUGGCAGCAUUGAUGAGCCUGGCACUGUUUUCUUUGGUACAGCAUCCACAGUGCACGUUCAUUUUAGCAUAUUUUGGUAUUGGUAAUUUGAUAUAUUUCAUGGUGGUAAAAUUAUUAGCUCUAUUUUGGAACUUUUUAUAUAGAAUUACCUUUAUUCAAAAGCAUAGGACUAUGUUCUUGUGAUUGUCAGGAUCUCCUAAUAUUUUAGUUCUUUUGUAAGCUUAUGGAAAUUAUUUAAUUAUUUUAAAGCAUACUUUCUUGUAAAUAUGUCACAUCUGAAGUGUCAACAGUUACUUUGAAUACUGUAAUAUUUGCUUCGGUUUUUUUCUGUGUGUAUAAUAUAUCUCCUUUCAGAAUGGGAAUGUGCCUCCUGAUGUCUACUGUUACACCUGUUAUCUUUAUAUGUCCAAUUGUUUGAACACUGUAAUGACUUGAGAAUAAACUGCUCAGAAUUCAUUUUAACUUAA